AUGGAAUACGAUUCUGUUUAAAAAAUAUAAGAGGAGCUGGGAUACUAUAGGAAAUAUUGUUAGUAGUUAGAGAAUUAAAAUGCAGCUUUAAACUAAUAGCUAUUUAAUAACAUUUCAGGGAAUGUCCUUAUAGUUCAGGAUGGGAAUUCGAACAACAUCAAAUAACAGGAAAAUAACCCCAACAAUCAUAAGGAAUGUGAAUAAAGACUAAAAUUAAUGGAGAGAUAAUUAAAACGAAAGUUGAUGGAAGAAUAGUUAUGGCUAAAAAGAUUUGAGGCUUAAUUAAAUGAAAUCAUUGAGUUAAAAGCAAUUCAUGCAUAAUAUAUUCAAGAGAGUGAGCUCGAAAAUGUUAAAAAGUCAAAGGAAAUGGAAAUAUUAAAUGAAGAAAUAGAACAAUAUAAAAAAUAGAUAGAAAUUUAUAAAUAGGAAGCAAAUUCAGAAAUCUAUUUAGAUGAAAUAAAAGAAAUGAGAAAACAAUUGGAAGCAUCUGAAAUUAAAUUGGAAUCAUUGACUAAAGAAUUGCAAAUUAAGGAUCAAUAAUUAUAUUAAAAAUAAGGAAAUGUUAAAUAGUCUCUAUUAUCAUUUAAGUAAAAAUUCGACAUUGAAUUAAAAAAUGAUAAUCUAAGCACUGAGCCAGAUAUAUCAAGUAAAAGUUUUUCUAAUAUUAUGCUAAGAGAUAUAUGAUUUUAUACUUAUAUUAACAAAAUAAAACUUAUACUUUUACAGAAUUA